AUGCGAGUGGUGGGAACGAUAGGCAGGAGUUUUACGUGCGGUUCAAGGGGCCUACUGAGAGUAUGUGAUAUCUGUGGUGUCUGGAAGGUUCAUGUCGAGCUCCCUGAUCAGUACCCGUAUAAGUCGCCGAGUAUUGGGUUCGUGAACAGGAUUUUUCACCCUAAUAUUGAUGAGCUGUCUGGAUCGGUCUGCCUCGACGUCAUCAACCAAACCUGGUCGCCCAUGUUCGACAUGAUCAAUAUUUUCGAAGUCUUCCUCCCGCAGCUGCUGCGCUACCCGAACCCGACGGAUCCGCUGAAUGGGGAGGCGGCGGCGCUGUUGAUGAGGGAGCCGAAAAGUUAUGAUAUCAAGGUCAAGGAGUACGUCCAGAAAUACGCCAGCAAAGAAGCAGCCGACGAUGCCGGCGCCGAAAGCGAAGACGACGACGAUCUGUCCUCGGUGGCGAGUUUCGACGACGACGAUGAGGAACAGCAGCCAGCUGGUAAGAUGGAUGAUGUAUAGGGUUGGGAUUCGUCGUUUGUUUCCGAGGGGUACUCCAACGGUGUGUUGAAUGCUUUUUCGUCUUGACCAAAUCAUGGAUGGACUACAGGUAUGGGUGGAUAAGGGAGUUGCAAUGGCUUGGUACGGUACUAAGGGUUUUCUAACGGUUCUGGUUCCUGGUUUUGAUAUCCAUUGUUUUUCUUUUCUUGGAGGUUGAUGCACACUCGGAGGCUGUGAAUGUGUUGUUUGGUUUGCUUGGCUCCGGACUUCCGGCAACAAAGGGUUUGAAGUUGGCUUGUGUGAGAAACAGUCAGACUGUGAACCUGACUGCACACAGUUUAGGCGACUUCACUAUAUAUGUUCAGGAGCAAGGUUAUAGAGCGACUUUUACAACGACUGCUAGUGUUGUAGAGUGAGGCAGCAGCUACAGAUCUGGAGCAAGCUGCAGCCAGCCAAUCAGCGCCGAUAAGACAGAGAGUAUGAC